AUGACGACUAGUGGUAAAGCGGCAAACUUACCUAUACUUUGUGUUGCACAAAUAGUUUAUGAAUUGUCUGAAAGCAGCAGAGACCUUUAUUCCUGUCUCUUUGUUAAUCACAUUUGGUGCCGAUGUGCUAUCGUUUAUCUAUGGAAGACACCGUUCUAUUGGAGUGGAUCCAAAGCAGAGAGAAUGCUCGACAAGUUUUUAGCCCUCUUGCCAGAAAAAACGCUCGACGAUUUGUCAGGUUCACUAGGAGUGAAUAUACCUCCGCAAAAUACGCAUCCGUUUUUCAACUAUUUGAGCUUUGUCAGAACAAUGAAAAUGCAAUAUUGCUUGACCGCAGUAGUGCGCUAUCUCGGUAAAACGAAACUGGAGGAAUGCGGACAUUUGCUGCUUCUAAGACUUUGCAGAGGUAUGGUCAAGCACUGUCCCUCCUUAGCGGAAAUAGAUAUGACACAGCUCGAUUGUGAUGAAGAAUAUGACGAAGCGAGCGACACUACUUAUGAUAUAAGCUAUUCUCACCAGGAAUGGCCGCAUGAGAUGUGGAACAUUUUCACUACAAAACGCACAAAUUUUAAUCGACUGAGACGAUUUGAAGUUGGCCAAAUGUUCCGCCCAGACAUUUUAAAUAGUGCCGCAGAAAAACUAAAAAAGCUCGAUUUUUUCAAAAUCGAUGUGUCUGGUUGCACGACAUUGACGGACGCUAAUCGAUGGUGUGACGCAAUCAGUAAACUUAUUUGUCAGCAAGAAAAAUUAAAAGCUGUAUCCCUAUCUCUUGAUUUUCAAAGUCAUGGGGUCAGUUCAAAACCAGUCUGGCAAGCUUUAUAUAGCCAAAAAGACUGUCUCAAAAAAAUCAAAAUCACACAUUUGUCAUCAUAUGACAUACUUGCUUUUCUCGGCCGUUUUACAAAACUUCGUUAUGUCAAGCUAAAACAUUGUAGUUUAGAUCCGCCAUGUCCUUUGCAGCUACCAUCAAACGCAUUCUCUCACCUUUAUACUCUAAAAUUAUGUGGCGUAAAAAUUAAUAUUUUUGGUUUUAAUGCCAUAUUAGGGAAUUUGAAGGAAAAUUUAACGACUCUGUCUAUAAAGCAAGUUUGCGACCCGGACCAGACAUGUUAUGCUGAAACAUGGAAAUCCUGUGCAACAAGUACACCCAAGCUUGUCAGUCUGGAAGUUGAUAUAUGUCUACAGAAUUCCAUUACAUUUAUGCAAGCUGUUCUUCCAUUAUGGAGACACUUGAAAGAUUUAUCAAUCUUUAUUUGUAACAUGCAUGCUUGUCACCAAGAUGACGAAAUAUCAACAACAAUGUUGUUGGCACUUGUGACCGAUAACAUUUCGGCUAUCGGCAAACGUUAUAUCAUUGGACAUUCUCUUUUCAAUUCGAGCGAUGAUAUUCAAGUGGAAGACCUUUUUGGCCUUAUUCUUAAUCAAACAAGCUUUCAUGCCGAAGCUGAUGAACAGUAA